AUGAUUAAAAUUACUAAGCAUUUAAGGUUAAGAUUAAAUUAUUCAACUAUUUUGGAUGAUCAAUCCAAAUUUUAUAUAAAACCAAUAGAAGGAUUUGAGCUUAUAGAUUUCAGUGGAGAAUUUUUGAUUUAAAAAGAUGGAAAACUGAAAAAUAAAUUGUUGUAAUUUUCUUAACAUAUCCUUAUCUAUUCAAGAAAAGUAAUGUCUAUAUCUUUUAUAUAGAAAUAUAUAAAUAUAUUAAAUGCUACAUUGUUAGUAAUUUUCGAUAAAAAUAAUGAAAUUGAAGGAUUAAAACUUACAAAAUCUGGAACAUCUUUAGAAAUCUAUUAAAGACCUCAUAAAUUGUAUGAAUAUAUUAGAAAAUACUGUAUUUAAAGAGAAAUAUCUGAUAGAUAUAAAAUAACAUAAACAGUUUACUAUGGAAGCAAUGCCACUGUAUGAAUACUUUAAUAUUCAAUAGUUUCUUAAAUUAGAAUCAUCAUUAGAUUCUAAUGUUGUAUAUGUAGCCAAAAUAUAUGAAAAAUAGAAUUUGAUUUCUGAAGAAUAGAAACAGAGUCUUAAGAAAGAAGUUUAAAUUCUUAGAACAAUAAAUCAUAGCCACAUUUCAAAUUUAAUUGAAAUUUUUGAAGAUGACGAAUUAAUAUUUUUAAUAUAAGAAGAAUUAAAAGGAGAAAGUUUACAAACAAUUUUAGAAAAGCAAUAGAAAUUUGAUGAAAAUUAAAUAAAAUAAAUAAUGAAACCUUUAUUUGAAUGUGUUUCAAAUUUGCAUGACAAUAAUAUUUUCCAUAGAGAUAUUAAACCUCAAAAUAUAAUAUAUAGAACAUAACUUGAUUAUACAGAACCUUGUUUAAUUGAUUUUAGUUUAGCAGAUUUUUGGAAUAAAAAUGGUAGAUACUUAUUCACAAGAUGUGGAAGCAUAGGAUAUGUGGCACCAGAAGUAUUAUAAGAUAAAAGAUAUGUCUUAAAUAUUGAUGUUUAUAGUUUGGGUAUAAUAAUCUAUAUUUUGGUUACAUUAAAACAUCCUUUUGAAGAUUAAGAUAAAAACAGAAUGAUCCAAAAAAAUUAUCAUGGUAAAAUUGAUUUUACAGAUGUUUAAUGUUCUUAGAUUCUUAUGGAUCUAUUGACUAAAUGUUUAGAAGCAGAUUACACUAAAAGAUUAAAUUGUAAAGAAGCAUUAAAACAUUAAUUUUUCUUAAAUAAAAUACCUAAGGUUUUAUCAUUCAAAAUAAAAGAUAAUAGAAAACCAUCUUUAAUUAGAACUCCUAGAAGUUAAAAUAAAUAACAUAGUACAAGUAGAUUCUCUAAUGAUUCUGGAAAUAGUCUAAACUUAUCAUAAUCACCUUCCUCAAUUGAUAGUGAUAGACAUUCCUCCAGUAAGAUUAAAUAAAAUAAUUUAUUACCAGAAAGUAAUAAUUAAUUUUAUUUAUUAAGUUAAUAUUUUUCGACCUAAAUCUAAAUAUUUUCAAACAAGAAAAUCUUAAUAUGAUCCUUCUACCAACAGAAUUGAAUGA